GUAAAGUCCAUCAAAACAGGCUCAGUCUUCUGGACCAUCUGCUGCUGCCUCAGCUACUUCUACAUGGUCUCAGCGUGGGGAGGAUACGUCUUCAUCAUCAAUCUGAUUCCUCUUCAUGUGUUUGUGCUGCUGCUGAUGCAACGAUUCAGUAAGAGAGUCUACAUCGCCUACAGUACGUUCUACGUAGUGGGUCUGGUUUUGUCCAUGCAGAUCCCCUUUGUCGGGUUCCAGCCAAUCAGGACGAGUGAACACAUGGCUGCAGCCGGUGUGUUUGCUCUAUUGCAGGCCUAUGCGUUUCUGCAGUAUCUGAAGGACAAGCUGACCCGGCAGGAGAGACAGUCUCUCUUCUAUCUCGGAGUUUCUAUAGUCGCGCUUGUUGUUUUCCUCACUGUUAUAUACCUCAGCUGCAUAGGUUGCAUCGCGCCAUGGAGUGGCCGGUUCUAUUCUCUUUGGGACACUGGCUAUGCUAAGAUCCACAUCCCCAUCAUAGCCUCCGUUUCGGAGCACCAGCCCACCACCUGGGUCUCCUUCUUCUUCGACCUGCACAUUCUGGUCUGCACUUUUCCCGCUGGACUUUGGUUCUGUAUCAAGAACAUCAACGAUGAACGAGUGUUUGUGACUCUGUAUGCGAUCAGCGCCGUGUACUUUGCGGGUGUGAUGGUGCGGCUCAUGCUGACUCUGACGCCCGUCGUGUGUGUGCUGUCGGCCAUUGCUUUCUCCAGCAUCUUCGAGCGUUACCUGGGCGACGACACAAAGCGGGAAAACCCCCCAUCGGAGGACAGCAGUGAUGAGGACGACCGAAGAAACUCCGGAAAUCUCUAUGAUAAGGCCGGUAAGGUGCGUAAGCAUGUCUCGGAGCAGGACAAGGCGGAGGAGGGAUUGGGGCCCAACAUUAAAAGCAUCGUCACCAUGCUGAUGCUGAUGCUGCUGCUGAUGUUCGCUGUUCACUGCACCUGGGUCACCAGCAACGCCUACUCCAGCCCCAGCGUAGUACUGGCUUCAUACAACCACGAUGGGUCCCGGAACAUUCUGGAUGAUUUUCGAGAGGCGUACUACUGGCUGCGUCAGAAUACAAACGAGCAUGCGCGAGUGAUGUCGUGGUGGGAUUAUGGGUAUCAGAUCGCUGGAAUGGCCAACAGAACGACACUGGUGGACAACAAUACCUGGAACAACAGUCAUAUCGCCCUGGUUGGGAAGGCGAUGUCAUCUAAUGAGAGCGUAGCGUAUGACAUCAUGAGGAUGCUGGAUGUCGACUAUGUGCUGAUCAUCUUUGGAGGUGUUAUCGGCUACUCGGGUGAUGAUAUCAACAAGUUUCUGUGGAUGGUGAGGAUAGCAGAGGGAGAACACCCUAAAGACGUACGGGAGAGUGACUACUUCACCCCUCAAGGAGAGUUCAGAGUGGACAAGGCCGGCUCACCGACCCUACUGAACUGCCUGAUGUAUAAGAUGUCCUACUACCGCUUUGGAGAGAUGCAGCUGGACUUCCGGACUCCGCCUGGUUUCGACCGCACCAGAAACGCUGAGAUCGGAAACAAAGACAUUAAGUUCCAGCACCUGGAGGAGGCCUUCACCUCCGAGCACUGGCUGGUCAGAAUUUAUAAAGUGAAGAAACUGGAGAACCGAGAACCGCUGGGCCACAAGCUACGCGUCACCAACACCAUCCCUAAACAGAAACACACGUCCAAAAAGGGUGCUAAAAGAAAGCGGGGCUACGUCAAGAACAAGCUGGCACUAAAAAAGGGCAAAAGACUACAUAAGAAAUAAACCAGUGUGGGACUCGACCGGGACAGAACGAAGAGGAUGCGACGAAAACUCAACAGAGGGAAACUCAGAGCUCAGUGAAGAGGAAGCAGCCAUGAUGUAGAGCAUCACUGUUCCACUGCAGCGUUGCUGUUCAGAUGGCGCCCCCAUGUGGCAGGAGGCAGCGUGUCAUGUCUGGCCACCUCACAUCACACCUCAUAUCUUAAUUUUUAUUCUUUUUUCAUUUCGUUCCACUUUUUAAUUGUAAUACUUGAAUGUAUGUUAUGGAGUUUGUGUUUGCUCUGAAAAUUGUUUGGACACAGCAAAAAAUGGCAUCUUGUCAAGUG